AUGACGACCAACAGACCCUUCUUCGGCAGCUUUCUGGCUGCCUUUCGCGCCCAGCCUAAUAUACAGAAAGCUGGCGCAUCACAAGCAAUAUCGGCGGCGUCCUACUCACACACAACUGCACCAACCCAGAUACAGAACUACGAACCAUCAAACACCACACGCACCAUCACCACCAAGACACGAUCACCUUCACCUGGCGCGACGACAACAGUGGUGCAGACCACGGGCCAAUUCCAGCCCACCAGGCAACACGCGGCACCCUACCACCGCUCCACAUCGCCAACCCACACAAAGGCGUUCCCCAUACCGGGUGCAUCGCAAAGGAGUAGAAGAGGGUCUGACAGCUCAUCAGACGGCUUCAAUGAGAUCAUGGGUACUGAAAAGUGGUACAUAGGCGGUCGAACAGCAACUGGCGAGGAGAAGUUCUACAAGCUUGGCAUGGUGAAGCGUCGCCGAAGCGCAGAUCGCUUGAGCGUGGAUAAACUCAGUAUAUAA